AUACCCAACCAAACUCUAGUGCUUGCUUCAGGUGGGGUGGAGCCCGUCCCCGAGGUCUCACGUCUGCAAGUGUUACCUGAGCCCCAUUUGUUGGUAAGUAGUAAUAAGAAACACUGGUGUAAAUGGUUCGUUUAAGUGGCUACUUUAACGAUGGUAUGAAAUUUCCUACUUUCAAAAAAACAUUCAUCAUUCAUUCUUUCAUUUCAUUUUUAAUCCUUUUUUACUUUAGGGGAUUUCUUUUCCUUUCUUUCUUUCUUUCUUAACGGUUUGUGUGGGUGUUAGCUUAUGAAUAAAAUAAAACGAAAUAAACAUUUUAUCAUGCUUUAUAGUCAUUACACAAUAUAUUUCUUUGAACUGUUUCAGGUAGAGGGGGAAACAGACCGUUCAAGUGCAGAAACAACUAGUAGUGAGUUAUCGUCUGAUGACCUUGCAACUGAACUGAAGAGGCUGGAGAUAUCGUCAAGAGGGCGGGAUGAUGAGACGUUCCUCAGUCCGGAUACUGGAAGUCUUGUUUCUUCAACGAGUGACGAGGCCCCAACCACUAUGCAAGAACCUCGCAAAAAGUUGAACGAAUAUCUGGUUUCGAAGAAGAUCCCGCCAAUAACUCAGCCCUGGAUGGAAUGGGAUAAAGCUGGAGAGAGCACUAAGAAGAGAUACACCAAAAGGACAGUGGAGAUCUUUUCUUCAGUCCUACAAGAUCUUACACCUAAUUAUGCAGGUUCUCUUUGGCAAGCGGUCGUCUCG